UUAUUUAAAAGCAUAUUGGUUGAAGAAAUUUAAUCAAAUUUCUGAGAUUAUACCUUGGACGAUUCCCAGGUUUGGCUAAGUGAAUCAGAUUUCCCGAAAGAAAGAAAAAACAGUGAUAGUGAGAAUGCUUAAAGCUGUGUUGGAAUGCGAAAAGCCAACGAUGAAAAUUGUUGAAUGUGAUUUCUGGUGAAUCUGGUGAAUUAAGUGACAACCAUCAAAUAAGAAACUUUACAAAGGCGAUAUCAACAAAUAAAAAACGAAGAUAUCACUUACAACCUCAGCUCAUCCUAAUCAACCGAACAAGGAAGUAAGUCGAAUGUCUGGUGUAAAAGGGCAGUGCCACAAAGAGACCGCUCUCAAAGUCAACGACGCUUGAAGUGGAUUGAAGUUGCCAUAACAGCAUCUCUGUAAGUACUAUUGGGAUAUUGGGGACAGAAAGAAUCCUGAGCCAGGCAAAAAAAACCGGAACAUGGGACACUUGAGGAACAAACAGCGCCGGCACCAGGCCAAGGAAGCGGCACUCAGACGGGAGGAACGGCUCCGGAAGCUCCAGCUCGAUGAGGUGGACAUUAUGAAUUUGCCACUCCGGUUAGACAUUAAGAGGCGGCUCACAUCCCGCUCGGAUCGGGUCAAAUCGGUGGAUCUUCAUCCGUCCGAGCCAUGGAUGCUGUGUGCCCUGUACAACGGCCAUGUGCACGUGAUGAACUACGAAAACCAGCAGCUGGUAAAGGAUUUCGAAGUGUGCGAUCUGCCGGUGCGCUGCGCCCGGUUUGUGGCCCGCAAGAACUGGAUCAUCACCGGAUCGGAUGACAUGCAGGUGCGCGUCUUCAACUACAACACCCUGGAGAAGGUUCACUCGUUCGAGGCACACACCGAUUACGUCCGCUGUAUAGCGGUCCAUCCGACACAAUCGCUGAUUCUGACCAGCAGUGACGAUAUGCUGAUCAAACUGUGGAACUGGGAAAAGAUGUGGUCCAUGCAGAGGGUCUUCGAGGGUCACACCCACUACGUGAUGCAGAUCGUGUUCAACCCGAAGGACAACAACACAUUCGCCAGUGCUUCGCUGGAUCGAACCGUUAAGGUGUGGCAGCUGGGUUCGAAUGUGCCUAACUUCACCCUCGAUGGCCACGAGAAGGGCGUCAACUGUGUGGAUUACUAUCACGGUGGCGAUAAGCCGUAUCUGAUUUCCGGCGCCGACGAUCGGUUGGUGAAAAUCUGGGACUAUCAGAACAAAACCUGCGUCCAAACGCUGGAAGGUCACGCACAGAACGUUUCGGCCGUUUCCUUCCAUCCGGAGCUGCCGAUCGUGCUGACCGGAUCCGAAGACGGAACCAUCCGGAUAUGGCACUCCGGUACCUAUCGGUUAGAGACUUCGCUGAACUAUGGCUUCGAGCGGGUGUGGACGAUCGCAUGCAUGCGUGGUACCAACAAUGUGGCCUUGGGCUACGACGAGGGCUCGAUCAUCAUCAAGGUCGGUCGAGAAGAGCCGGCCAUGUCGAUGGACGUCAACGGCGGCAAAAUCGUGUGGGCCCGCCACUCGGAAAUGCAACAGGUCAACCUGAAGGCCCUACCGGAAGGUACAGAAAUCAAGGACGGCGAACGACUUCCGGUGGCCGUUAAAGAUAUGGGAGCAUGUGAAAUCUACCCCCAGACGAUUGCUCACAAUCCAAAUGGACGAUUUGUGGUGGUUUGCGGUGACGGCGAGUACAUCAUCUACACCUCGAUGGCCCUCCGAAACAAAGCCUUCGGAUCGGCCCAGGAGUUUGUGUGGGCUUCCGAGAACAGCGAAUACGCGGUGCGGGAAUCGAGCGGCGCAGUCAAGCUGUUCCGCAACUUCAAGGAACGGAAAAGCUUUACCCCGGACUACGGCGCAGAAGGAAUUUUCGGGGGACAGCUUCUUGGAGUGAAAACCUCGUCCGGACUGACUUUCUAUGAUUGGGAAAAUCUGGAACUGAUCCGGCGAAUUGAAGUGCAACCACGUCACGUAUUCUGGAACGAAGCCGGCACCCUAGUGUGCUUGGCCACCGAAGACUCGUACUUCAUUCUGCAGGUCGAUAUCGGUAUGAUUCAGAACUCAUUGGCCACCAAACAGCAGGUCGGCGAAGACGGUAUCGAGGAGGCUUUCGAGGUCCUCGGAGAAGUCAGCGAAGCGGUGCGAACCGGUCUCUGGGUCGGCGAUUGCUUCAUCUACACAAACUCGGUCAACCGAAUCAACUACUACGUCGGUGGGGAAAUCGUCACCAUUUCCCACCUGGACCGGACAAUGUAUCUGCUGGGCUACGUCCCGAAAGAUAAUCGUCUUUACUUGGGCGACAAGGAGCUCAACGUGACCAGCUUCGCCCUGCUGCUCUCAGUACUCGAGUACCAAACGGCCGUGAUGCGACGGGACUUCGAGACGGCCGACCGAGUGCUGCCGACGAUCCCGAAGGAGCACCGCACCCGGGUGGCGCAUUUCCUCGAGAAGCAAGGCUUCAAGCAGCAGGCGCUGCAGGUUUCUACCGAUCCGGAGCACCGGUUCGAUCUGGCGCUGCAAAUCGGGGACCUGGAUACGGCCCUGGUGCUGGCACGGGAAUCCGACAGCCCCCAGAAGUGGUCCCAGCUGGCCAGCAUCGCCACCAGCAAGAACAAGUUCGAUCUGGUCAAGGAGUGUCUGACCAAUGCGAAUGAUUUUGGCGGACUGCUGUUACUGGCUACUAGCUCUGGUGACGGCGACAUGCUGCGGAAUCUUGGCGAGAACGGCGUCUCGCAGGGCAAGUUCAACAUCUCCUUCCUGUCGAUGUUCCUGCUCGGCGACCUGGAGAAGUGCCUGGAGAUCCUAAUCCAAACCAACCGGAUACCGGAGGCGGCAUUCUUCGCUAGAACCUACAUGCCGAACAAAAUCUCCUACGUGCUGGACAUCUGGCGAACGGAGCUCGGCAAGAUCAACGAGAAGGCCGGCCAAAGUCUGGCCGACCCGCAGCAGUACGAAAAUCUGUUCCCCGGUUUCUACGAUUCGGUCAAGACGCAGCAGUUCCUGCUGCCGGAACGCUCCCAGAAGCUGCCGGCUCGGGCCGCUAUCGAUAUUCCACUCAACAUCGACCGAAACCCGAUAGAUGAAAUGAAGGCCGCAGAAAACGAGGGACGCUUCGAUUACGAUCCGAGUGCUGUGGCUAGCAGCAGUGCAGAUGGCUCAACGCAAUCGAGCCUGUCAGCGAAACCGCCAACUCUCGCCGAACCGUUGAUACCUUCGUCGGUGGCCAGCAGCACCAUCCCCACCUCUCAGCAGUCGUCGCUACCCGCCGCAAACCAGCAGCAGCCGCAAACGGCACCGCCGGCCAACCCCAUCAAACGGAAGAGCUCCCUCGAAGACUUUGAGUCGGAAAUCGAAGCCCUCAACCUGGACGAUAAUAUCGACACUUCGGAUGUAAAUAUAGACGACGAUCUGUUAAGUGAUUAAACACGGAGGAUCAAAUCCAGCAGCAGUAGCGAGUUGGCGCAUCGAGGAGGUAAAAUAGUUAUAUUUAAGUACCCUAAGUAGAGACAGAUCCUCCCCCAGAAAAAAAAACAAGCAAACAUAUGAUCCUUUUUUCCUUCUUAUCCUGUCGUCCUGUCGUUCGAUAAUUUUUUUUUAUAUAAAUAUAUAGUAUAGCGAUAGUCAAGAGUUUAGAGAAGUUAAAAAAAAAUGGAAACAUUAUUCCCAAAAGCCGAAGGUGUAACAUUAACGCAAAAUUCCAACAGCGUCAUCGAUGGACUUCGGAUGAAAACGAUUUGACGAUUAAGUUUGCCCUGCUUGACUCCUCUGUUACAACACGUCAAGUUAUUGUAUUGAUAAAAAAAACAACAACUUAAGAACGUUCAGCUAUCAGAUAGUUUUCCUUAAAUUAAGCUGAACAGAUGUUUCUCAAAAAUCCGUUCUCAUCGAAUCAUUCACCGUUCUCAUUCUGAAGCACUUCAACCCAUCGUUUGUAGAAAUGUUCGAAGAAUUUGGAAAACAAACAGCAAGAAGCACCUUGACCCGCUUAUGAUAACGAUGACGCAGGCUGAUAUGAUUGUUUGAAAAUCAAGUUACAUUUAUUUAAUGGUGAAUGAUGGAUUGUUGAUUCUUGGUUCUGAAAGAUGUUUAUGCAAAAGUUUACCCCGUUCGAUAAUAAACACAGGGGAAAACAAGUAUUUUUAAUUCUACUUUCACUUGAUUUGAGAAUGCAAAAGUAGCACUAUUGAUACAGCAAAACAAAAAAAAUGGUUUGAUCGGGAAAGGCGGGAUUGAAUGUUAAAAAAUCUAAACCCCGAGCAUUCUUAUUAUUAUCAAUAUUAUUUUCUAUCCUGCCUAAUAUCUGUUUAUCGUAUAUCGUAACUGACAGACGUAAUUUAAAAAUAGACACAUCCACAUAAACUCUUGGAUGCUCUGAUAAACAACCUAACAACAGCGAUGGAGAGUUAUAAAAAAAAAACCAAGGAAAAUUAAGCAACAAACAAAACAAAAUGGGGUACUACUGUGGACACGUUACGUUGUUGAGCGUGUGUUAUUGAUGCUAGAAUUCAAUUCACCCUGUAAUAGUGGAAUGUGAAGAAAGAGAAAGAAAGUUAGCGAGGGAAAAAAUACCGAUAAAACAAAAUCGAUAUACACAAAAUACAUAAAGGAAAGAAUGGUUAAUUCAAA